AUGUCUAACAGCAGCUCCAUCAGCCACUUCCUCCUGCUGGCAUUGGCAAAUACGCGGCAGCUGCAGCUCCUGCACUUCUGCCUCUUGCUGGGCAUCUCCCUGGCUGCCCUCCUGGGCAACGGCCUCAUCAUCAGCGCCAUAGCCUGCGGCCACCACCUGCACACCCCCAUGUUCUUCUUCCUGCUCAACCUGGCCCUCAGUGACCUGGGCUCCAUCUGCACCACUGUCCCCAAAGCCAUGCACAAUUCCUUCUGGGACACCAGGAACAUCUCCUACACGGGAUGUGCUGCUCAACUCUUUUUCUUUCUCUUCUUCAUCACAGCAGAAUUUUAUCUGCUGACAGUCAUGUGCUACGACCGCUAUGUGUCCAUCUGCAAACCCCUGCACUACGAGACCCUCCUGGGCAGCAGAACUUGUGCCCACAUGGCAGCAGCUGCCUGGGCCAGUGCCUUUCUCAAUGCUCUCAUGCUCAUGGCCAAUACAUUUUCCCUGCCCCUGUGCCAUGGCAAUGCCCUGGGCCAGUUCUUCUGUGAACUCCCUCAGAUCCUCAAGCUCUCCUGCUCACACUCCAAACUCAGGCCCUCCUCCAUCUCCUCCCCAUCCCUGGAUCUGGCCCUGUCAGUUCUGUACUCAGUGGUGCCUCCAGCCCUGAACCCCCUCAUCUACAGCCUGAGGAACCAGGAGCUCAAGGCUGCAGUGAGGACACUCAAAAGGAUAUUGUUUGUCAGCCUGUUGGAGAGCCUUGGUUUUCAUAUCUAUUCAGACUGA